AUGCGGUCGCUCCUUUAUGCGGCGGCAGUCUUGCCGCUGCAAACCCUCGCUUGGGGUGGCAACAAGGCAACAGAUAUUGACGAGAUCGUGGUGGUGACUACAACCAGAACAAUCACCGUGUGCCCUAUUACAGAAGCAUGGACUUGCGGACCUGAAUAUCCGACCGCACCAUGGCAAGAUUGGACUGCAUCAAGUACCGGGGUAGUGUCAACAACAACAACCCCCGUUGGCGGCAACGGAGGCGAUGGGCAUGGUCACGGCGGCCAUGAUCAUUCGGGAAGUUCGAGCUCAUCAUCAUCUGGUCAUCACGGCGGGGGCUCACACUCUUCUGGAGUUUGGACUUCGUCAUCUGUUGGUCCAUCUGGAAGCCCAAGCUCAUCCAGCCCAUAUUCAAGCCCGACCUCGACGAGCCCGUAUGGACACCCUACCUCAUCCGGCCCGGAUAGUAGCCCGACGUCGUCUAGCACAUAUGGCCACCCAACCUCCACUGGCCCCUCGGGAGGAGACUCGUCGUCCACCACAAACGAUCCUCCUGCAGGAGGCUCGAGCACGACUUCUGGUCCUGCUGGAAGCUCAACCACAACCGAUCCUCCAGUUGGACCCGGAACGACAUCCAGUUCGUAUGGUCCUUCUGGGAGCUCAACUACGGCUGAUCCUCCUGCUGGGACUUCGACGUCGUCGGGUCCUUCUGGAAGCUCAACUUCGAGCGAUCCCCCGGUUGGCCCCGGCACAACAUCCAGCUCCUCCAUUGACCCCCCAGCUGGUACCUCAACCUCGUCCACUACCAGCUCUGCUGAUCCCGCCGGUACGUCCAGCACUUCUUCCGGCUCUCCUGGCACUACGAGCUCGAGCAGUGUCGAUCCUCCAACGAGUACUUCUUCCGGCUCUCCCGGCACCACCAGCUCGAGCAGUGUCGAUCCUCCAACCAGCUCAUCCUCUGGUUCGCCGACUACUAGCUCCUCCAGCAGCGCCGAUCCCACCAGCUCCUCAACCUCUAGCGCAGCUUCGACUACUAGCUCAAGCGCUGACCCUGUGAGCACGACGAGCAGCAGCCUCACUCCAACAACUUCGGCCGCAACCGUCACGAGCACCACCACUCGCAGCGCCACCACCACUUCGACUACUUCCUGCGCUCCGUCGCAGACGGUGUCUGCUCUAGCUGAGACUACCUGCUCUGACAAUACGGCAGACGACCGUAGCCAGUGGUGCGGCAAGUCAGUCGGCGACGACACAGAUGAGCCUUACACGACAGGAGAAACCAAGUCUUACACAUUCACCAUCACUGACGCUAGCAUCAACUUUGAUGGCACUGUUCGGCCGUCGUUUGCGAUCAACGGUGGAACUCCUGGUCCCCUCAUCGAAGUCAACUGGGGUGACACUGUCGAAAUUACUGUCAUCAACCUCUUGACCGACAACGCCACUACCAUCCAUUGGCACGGUAUCCGACAGAUUGGCACUAACGAUCAAGACGGUGUUCCUGGUGUCACCGAGUGUGCCAUCCCACCUGGCGGCAGCCGAACGUACACGUGGCUGGCGUCGACUUAUGGAACCGGUUGGUACCACUCUCACGCCCUGUCACAGUAUGGCGGCGGUAUCCGAGGACCCGUCGUCAUCCACGGACCUGCGACUGCCAACUAUGAUUAUGACAUGGGCCAUGUCAUGAUUGACGAGAUCUUCGGCCAGACCAUCUUCCAGAUGGCGUGGAACAUUGCCAGACUCCGAGGACCGCUCCCUGCCGCCGUCAACUACAUGGUCAACGGCAAGAACAAGUCUCCAGAUGGAAGCACCGGACAGGCCACUCAAUGGACUGUCGAGGCCGGCAAGAAGCAUCUGUUCCGCAUCAUCAACAGUGCCGCUCAAUCAUCCUUCAUCGUGCACUUUGACUACCACGAGAUGACAGUCAUCAGCUCCGACUACACCCCGAUCGUGCCAUACAAGACCACUAGUCUCUACGUCAACCCUGGUCAGAGAUACAACGUCAUUGUCGAGAUGAACCAAACCCCUGGCGCAUACUUCAUGCGCGCCAUCACCCAGACCGGCUGCGGUGUGCAGAACGUCAACAACGGUCUCGGCAUCGCCAACCCUGUCUUCACCUACAAGGGCACCUGCGGUACCCCAACUUCCGAGACUCUCAGCCUGACCCCGGCGUCAGACUGCAAGGACGAACCAUUGGCCAGCCUUGUUCCGUACGUCAGCAAGAAUGGUGGCAGCGUUGACGACUUUACCGACACUGCUAAGCUCCUCCCGGGUGGCAACGGUGGCUCCCAGACCUUCGCCGGCUACGGCCCCAUCAUCCGAUGGUACUUCGGUGGCCUCCUUGAUCUUGCCGGCAACAGCGCCACUGUCCUGGGCAACCAGACCGUCAGCGUAGACUUUGAGAACCCAACGCUCAGGACCAUGGCCGAGCUGCCUACCUUGUCAUUCAACAGCUCCAGGUACUCCAACGCGGUGGUCCUGGACGGCCCUCCAGGCGACUGGGUUUACUUUGUGAUCCAGAACAACUUCCAGACGUCCCACCCGAUCCACUUGCACGGCCACGACUUCUCGGUGCUGGGCCAAGGCAAGGGCGUCUUCACGGCCAACCAGGUCUCGUCGCUCAACUUUGCCAACCCGUGCCGCCGCGAUACGGCGCUGCUGUUCGGCUUCGCGGGUCCCGGCGGCGUCGCCCAGGGUGGAUGGACUGUCAUCGGCUUCCAGACCGACAACCCGGGUGCGUGGGUUAUGCACUGCCACAUCAUCUGGCACGCCGACGGCGGUAUGGGUCUGCAGUACAUUGAGCAGCCCGACGCCAUCGACGCCAACAGCUACUGGUCCAGCCAGGGCUUCCAAGAUGAGUGCAACGCCUACACCACGUACGCAGAGGGCGGCGGCGAAGGCAAGCUCAGUUACGAGGCGGGUAUCAAGAGAGAUUUGGAGAGGCACAAAUAUGCUCUCCAUCACGGCAUGCAUUAA